CUUCCCGUGUCUCUCCCCGCAUUUCUCCCUGUUCCUCGUACCAAUAAUUUCUCGUCGUUUCCUUAGAAACAUGAUAACCAUUGACAUUAUUUGGAGUCUAUUUAGCACUGUGUUGCACAUUGGUUACGUCAACCUGCUAGCCACUGCUGCCAGCCUGGCUAUAGCCUACCGGGUGUACUAUGCUCUCUACGUUUCUCCCCUCUGCAAUGUCCCUGGUCCAUUCCUUGCUCGUAUAACCAAUAAACGCUCCGAGUUCCUUGGUGCCAUUGGCUAUAUGGGCCGAUUUGCCCGCAACGAACCAAGAGAGUACGGCGACGUCUAUGUCUACCAGCCCAACGCUGUUGCCAUCUCUCACCCUGUGGAUGUCCGCACCUUGGCUAGCAUGCGCCGCCGCCAGCUGGGGCCCUAUUUUAGCAUGAACUACCUGGCAAAGGCUGAGCCCAAGAUUGCCCAGAAUGGCAUUCUAUCGCUCAAGGCAAAGUGGGAGACCCAGCUUGCCGCAUCUGUCGACGGCAGAGUCGAGGUAAAUUAUUAUAAGGACUUUUUGUUUGCCACAUUCGACACGAUCGGUGCAUUGGCAUUUGGACGCGAGUUUAACGCGCUCAAGAACAACGACCGCACAAUGAUCGACUGGAUUGGUGAUGCUGUCACAUACCUCGGCAUGACCGCAAACUUUCCACUUUUGGCAAACUACCCUGCCUCGCUGCUGCUGGGUCGCUGGGAGCGCAGCUACAACUCUGUAAUCGACUACGCCAAGGCAUCAGUCAACAUGCGUCGCGGGUACCUUUCUGCAACGUCACCCGAGAACAAGCCGGAAAGCCUGCUGAUGCUUUUGGCUGGAAGCGAGACAUCGUCAAACACGCUGAUGUGGACAGUGCAUUUGCUCAUGCUUUAUCCGCAGCACUACCAGCGAGCUGUGGAUGAGGUGCGCACAAAGUUCGCUGCCGACUACUUGAUCGGAUAUAGCGAAGGGCGGCUGGGCUUGCCAUUCAUCGAGGCGUGCAUCUACGAGUCAAUGCGUCUCAUGCCAGUCACAGGCGGGUUGUGGCCGCGGGUGGUCCCCGAAAGCGGCAUCACUCUUCAGGGCCACUACCUGCCGCCUGGAACUGAAAUCUAUGUCAACCUCUCGGGCGCCAACCUCAACUCUGCUGUGUGGGACCGCCCACUGGAAUUCGACCCGACUCGCUUCUUGGACAACGAGGAGGCACGUCGUAAUAUGUUCACAUUCAGCACUGGUGUCCGCAUCUGCCCUGGCAGGAACCUGGCCUGGAUUGAGAUGCUCGGCAUUCUCGCCAAUGUCUUGAAGGACUACGAUAUCGCAUUCCCUGAGGACUACAAGCUGCGUGGUCCGAAUGUACUUGACGAGAACGGCAACCCGAAGGUUUUGGAUUCGCGUCACUUUUUUGUCUCAGUGCCUCAGAACCCAGAGCGCGAUUGUCGGCUGGUUCUAACCAAGCGUGUGUAAUCCGCAUUACCUUUAUUUCCGUUUCCCACUAAUAUAACAAUAAGGUGUGGCCAC